AAUAGGCGAUAUAUAUAUAUAUAUAUAUAAACCCUUCUAAUAGCAUAAAUUCUAAAAAUUGUGAGAGAUAGUAAAAUUUUCACAUUUGAUUAUGUGAGUGAAGCAGAUUAAGGGCAAAAUGAAGAUGAAAUGGCAAAAGUGAAGGAUGUAAUUGAAGUUUUGGAAAGAGUAGGGGACCAAGUUGAGGGAGGUCAUACAAGGUUGAGUGGGUAACUUGUCAAAGUCCCAACCUUCCUUCCCCUGGGUUUGUUGAAGAUAAGGUGGUCGGAGACAUGGCUAUAUCUUCCCUUAUUUCCACCCCAUCUCAAUCCAUUGGAUACCCAACUGCUGCUUUGUUACACUCACAUACCAAUGCCACUCCAUCCCUCUUCUAUGAAAAAAUCCGAAUACCCAUGAAAAGAAGAAGUAUCAAAAGGUUGAGAGACACAAAAUUCAAAACAUAUUCUUAUCUGGAUGGCUCUAUGGAAGUAGUUCAGUCAAAUGGUUACAUUUCAACAAGUCCUCUCAGUUCAAAAGAGGUUUUUAAGAUCUUCACAAGCAGUGCAAUUGAUACCUCACAUGCUUCAUCACCACUGAUGCAAAAAUUGGUGCUGUUAGAUUUAGACCCUGUCACAGCAAAACUGGCAAUCAGCUUUCUUGGGCCCUUCCUAUCAGCAUUUGCGUUUCUGUUCAUUUUGAGAAUAGUCAUGUCCUGGUAUCCUAAGCUUCCAGUUGGGAAGUUCCCUUAUGUUUUAGCUUAUGCACCCACAGAGCCCUUUCUUGUCGUAACACGAAAGUUGAUUCCUCCGCUUGCUGGAGUUGACGUGACUCCUGUCGUUUGGUUUGGAUUAGUCAGUUUCCUUAAUGAGAUUUUGCUAGGACCACAAGGGCUGCUUGUCCUGCUAUCUCAAAAACAGGUUUAGCUCCUGCUGCAUUUUGCAAAAGUUCUUUCAUCCUUUAGAAUUUCACCAGCUCCUUACUGGAGAAAGGCAGGAACGUAGAGAAAUCCUUUGGUCUUGUAGUUGUUCAAUUGCACAUACAAUCUGUAUCUAUUAGUUGACAGCCCUGUCGUGCUGUAAAGUCCUGGUGACAGUUACUAGGAUCCUCAUUUUGUAUAAUUGGAGUUAAUGCAACUUAUUAAAGAUUUUGGUUCAUCCA